AUGGCAACAUCGACAAAGACAGUAUUACCCGCAAGUACAAUUGAAUGGGCGAUGUGGGCGAACGAACAUGUAUUAAUAACCGGUUAUAUGCUUGGCAUAUUCAGUAUUUUGACAAUGAUCUUUCGUUUUUCAUUAUGGCAGAUAUCUAUCUAUGGAUUCAUUCUUUCGAUAGUCAUUAUUGUGAUUGAAUAUCCACGUAGUGGACGAAUUGUCAAGAAAUCAAAAGCGCGACCUUUUCAACAGUAUCCAUCGAUCUUAUUAACAAAAUUAGGAGCAUUUGCUCGAAAUUAUUUUAUUCGAUUUGCUGCAUAUAUUCUACUUAGUCUACCAUGUCUUUUUCUUAUAUCGACCAUUACGCCAGCUAUAUCAUUGAUUAUUGGUGCGGCGGCGUACGGUUUAGCAGCACUUUAUCAGGAACAAUGGAUACCUGUUGAACCAAAAUCAACAGAUGAUGCCGUACCAAUGCCAACACGACCACCGCCACGUGAACCACUGUAUCGCGCUCCACCGACUGUUUGA